AUGGAGAAGGCGGAGGCGGACUUUGGAAGGCGCGUCGCCGAGAUGCAAGACUGGUUCCGCCAAGCCGAGGACGAGCUGAAGGCCGCCCAGGGCGAGCUGGCCAACCGUGAGGUGGAGCUCAUCCUGAAGCUGGCCGAUGUCGAGAAGGCCCAGAAGACGGCGAAGAAGUUGGCCGACGAGGCCGAAGCCGCCCGGACCCAGCACAAGGCCGCACUGAAGACCCAGGAAGAGGACCUUGCCGCGCGCGAGGAGAAGCUUAGGUUUUUCUAUAAAUCUUUCUAUAUAUGUGUCCUCUCCUCGAUGUUUCUCAUGGUUUCUGCGUGCAGAAGAACGGCCCGUUAUACCUACACAGUCUUGCUGACCAAGCCCAUUUCGGCAGCACAAAGGAAAGAAAACACUCCCGAAAUCCCAAUCCCAAUCCCGCAUCGCCGCAUACAAGCCGCCGCCGCCGGCACCCGCACCUCCUCUUCCCAUCCCGUCGAGGGUUCCCGGCGGCCACCUCUUCUGCCGGCCGGUCAGGAGAUGGCGUCGCCUCUGUCGGACAUCCCGGACCACCUCUUGGCCGAGAUCUUUCUCCGGCUACCUGACUCGGAAGACCUCGUCCGCACCUCCGCCGCCUGCGUCUCCUUCCACCGACUCGCCACCGACGGCUCCUUCCUCCGAAGAUUCCGCCGCCUCCAUGCACCACCAAUCCUCGGAUUCCUCUGGGCCGGCGGCAUGUUCUAUCCCACUCUGCCGCCUCACCCCUCCGCGCCCGCCGCCCACGCGCUCAACCUCGCGGCCGACUUCUACUUCUCCUUCAUCCCCUCCCACUACCGCUGGACCGUGCAGGACAUCCGCGACGGCCGCGUCCUCCUUGAAGGCGACAUCGAAAAAGAUGAGCGGCCCCCUGUUUUCAAAGAUCUCGCGGUGUGCGACCCCUUGCACCGUCGGUACGUCCUGCUCCCUCCGCCACCUCACGACCUAGCCGCUUCGCUUGAGCACCCGUUCCCCAUGGGAAGCGAGGCCCGGUGCAAGGCUUUCCUCGUUCCCCUCGGCGAGGAGGAGGUGGUGGCGGGAGUGACAACAUUCAGAGUGAUCUUGAUGGCAAAUUGCAAAACUAGUCUGGCUGCCUUCGUCUUCUCCUCAAGCACUGGGCAAUGGGAAGCCGCUGCGUCCAAGGGUUGGAGUGAUUUGGCCCUUACCGAGGGCGACAUGGCCGAGAUGUCAUGGGUCCACCCUUUUAUUCUCAGGCGCCAUUAUGCUUACGGCUGCUUCUACUGGGACUGGGUGGAAUUCGGGGUCCAGAAGUUGCUCUUGCUUGACACCAGGAAGAUGGAGUUCUCCAUUGCUGACCUCCCGCCCGGGGAAUGGAACAAGGAAGGAGGAAUAGCCGUUGUGGAGGCAGGGGAAGGCAGGCUUGGGAUCUUUGGUUUCCAUGGUAAAACUUCAUUCAAUCUCAGCUAUACCAUUGCACGGAACAAAGGUGAGAGUCCCAGCCAGUGGGAGGUAGAGAAGACAAUCCCACUAGAUUCUGGGACUGGGUACAGAUAUUUUAUCAGAGAUGCAACCCAGAGUUACUUGCUCUUCACAAGGAUAGACGCCUCAUCGUCUCUAAAGGAUCGACUUACUGGAUAUUUCUCAAUGGAUGUCAAGACGUUGCAGAUUCAGAUGGUUUAUGAGAAACAGAAUUAUCGUUUGCAUGAGACAUACCCAUAUAUCAACUUUCCACCAUCAUUGCUAUCUUCAAGGAGACUAUGA